AUGUCAUUUUAUCAAUACAAAGACUAUAUAGAGGAAGGUGAUAUAGUGCUAGCUUUCAUUAGCAGACAAGCCAUUAAACCAAUCACCAUUAAAAAAGGUGAACAAUUAAAUACAAGAUAUGGUCAUUUUCAACAUGAUAAAAUGAUUGGAAUGAAAUAUGGUGAACAAAUGGGAGGGGCCAGAGGUUAUGGGUUUAUAUAUUUACUUCAUCCUACUCCUGAAUUAUGGUCCAUUUCAUUACCACAUAGAACACAAAUUGUUUAUACUCCAGAUUCAUCAUAUAUUAUCCAAAGAUUGAAUGUAACUAGUGGAACUAGAGUAAUCGAAGCAGGUACUGGUUCAGGAUCAUUCACCCAUGCAUUUGCUAGAACAACCGGUUUAAACGGAAGGGUAUUUUCUUAUGAAUUCCAUGAACCAAGAUAUUUGGAAGCAAAGAAGGAAUUUGAAGAUCAUAAUCUUGAAAAUACUUUAAUCACUCAUAGAGAUGUUUGUCAUCAUGGAUUCGAAAUUGAAACCAUUCCAGAGCACUUUUCAAGUAAUGGAUCUAUUGAAGGAGAUGUGGUAUUCUUAGAUUUACCAUCACCUUGGACUGCUAUUCCACAUCUUAAAAAAGUUAUAUCAACCACUAAUAGAGUUGGAAUCUGUUGUUUUUCUCCAUGUAUCGAACAAGUUGAUAAAACUAUAAAAUCAUUACAAGAAAAUGGAUGGAUAAAUAUAGAGAUGACUGAAGUUGCAGGAAGAAGAUGGGAAGCUAGAAAGGAAUUAGUUAGAGACAUUAAAGACGUUGUUAAGAGACUUAAGGAUAUACAGUCUAGAAAGGGACAAGGAAUUGAAAAUAGAAGAAAUGUUAAAGUCCAAGCAGGAGAGAAGAGAGAGUUUUCUGAAGUUGAUAAUGACGAUGAUACAGAUGAUCAAAAGUUUGAAAACUUAGGAAAAGGGUAUAAUCCAUUUGGAAAAGGUAUUAGAGUUAAAGAGGGUGAUGAGAAUUAUGAAUGGAGGAAUGUCACUAAAAUUGAAAGUGAGAUAAAAACCCACACCUCUUACUUAACCUUUGCAUACUACGUACCAUCCAAGGAAACCUAA